GCCUGAGAAACCCACUUCACCAAGGGGGGGAAAAAUAUAAUAAUGAGACGAGAGUCUAACCGGAAACGAAUGAUCAAUGCAAUCAGCGUUGCUUGGCGGCUGCAGUGCAAUAGGGAGGAGAGGGUAGUGGUGGCUGCUCGUGUGGGGAAACCGCCUCCUCGUGCCCCCGGGAAACAAUGUUUCGCUUUCGUUUGUCUGAUUAGCAACUUUGUAGCUUCUGAUCCGAGACUGGAAACAUUGUGUUCCUGCUCAAUGUUAUUUUGUAGCUUUUAUAUAGUGUCCCGCGUUCUUAUCGCAAUGUAACUUUCUGUGUGUAUAUGUGCAUGCAGUGGGAGGAACAAUUGGACAUAAUAGCAACCAGAGAGAGCAUUGCAUUUCAAACGAUACGAGGGGUGAAAAGCUUGUGUAAUUUUGUCAAAAUGCAUCACCAACAGCGAAUGGCUGCCUUAGGGACGGACAAAGAGCUGAGCGAUUUACUGGAUUUCAGUGCGAUGUUUUCACCGCCGGUGAGUAGUGGGAAGAAUGGACCAACCUCCCUGGGAAGUGGCCAUUUCGGGGGCUCAAGAAGCCGGACCGAUUCGAGUCGAGCACGUUUAGUUUGGCUUCCUAGACCUAUCUUGUAAAAGCAGUUGAAGUAGCUCGCUUGUAAACGGAAUAUCUUCCAUGAGCACUGAGGUUGUUUCGUUAACAUGAGUCGAACUUGUCUCAUUUGGCAGAUAGACCGGAAGCAAUAAUUGUGUAGCGACGGGGUAAUUUUAAAACAACAAAAAUACUACUGAGAUACUAUUGAAGUUAUUUGUUUAGACAUUUCCUCCCCCAUAAACAUACUUUUGCUUUAAAUUACUGUAGCCUUAUUCGUCAGCAUUGAACGCUCAUGUGCCUGAUUUAGUUGGGGGAAAAUAUGGAGUUGGGAGUGAAUAGAAAGGCUACCUGUCUGUUACAGGUACUUGUGUGUGAAUGCUUUGAAGUCACUUGAUGUGCAAGUCCGUUGAUUCAAGUCAUUUGUUACAGAGCUAGAGCGAUUGGUUCAAAACAACAUAGGACCGUUAAAACUCUGAUACCAAGAGGAUUUUUUUUAAUGAUAAAGGGUCUUUACUUUUCAGUAAAGUCUUGUAUAAAUUCUAAGAACACCUGCUGUUUAGACAUUUGUGGCAGCAAUGAAGGGUACACAGAGUUGUAUAGGUCAGAUUUUAAAUUUUGAGGAAUUCUUUGUUUAUUUGAUUCAAGGUUGUGAAUAUUAACUAUACUAUAGAAUUUUAUGUAAGGGUGUACUUUUUGUUUUGAAAGUAUGGAUGUUUAGUACAUAACUUGUGAUUAAAGAUAGUGCACUUAUUUUAAACACACGCAUAGCUGUUGGAUACAUUCAUUUCUUUGAUUGAAAAAUGUGUACAUGUUUAUGUGAUACAUUGUGUUUCGUAAAGCAUUUGCUUCCCCUUGAGGAAUUGUUCCAGACAAAUUGCUUUAACAAAGCAAUCUUAAAGUUUUUGAGAUGGGGUGAGCCUUUGUAGCUGAUAUAGAUACAGAUUUUUCAUAUGUAAAGGAGAAACUUCACAAAAACACGGCACUCUAAUAUGACAAAAUUUUGAAAGCUGCCUUAAAGACUGAAUCAUGCAGCCAUUUGAGAUGCAUUAAUAUUUUAUAUGUACUGUAGUGACUGAUUUUGUUGAGGAAAUGCAAAGGAUUUUGACCCUCUUUCACCCCCCCC